UCGUUAAAAUAUAAAAAACUUACGUAUCUAAAUAAGAGUAAAAUCUUCGGUAUAAAAAUGUCGGACGCGAUUACGUUUGUAUCGAAUGAAGAAUGGAUAAAUAGACUAUGUCAAUUGGAAAAUAUAGAUAUUGGCUCUUUGUCAAAUCAGUUGGAACCUCUUUUUUGCGAUAUUUUGGAUCCUGUUUUACCUGAUUUUAAUAAUGACAAUGCUUUGGAUCCUAUUUCAUCAUGUUUUAAUGGUGAUAGUCAACUGGAAUUAACAAAAUCUCAACAAAAUUUUUGUAAUUCCUUUUCUUCGACUCCAGCAAAUGAUUUGGAGCUUAAUUCUGAUCAUUCCAACAUCCAGAAUAAUGUGGAAAAAACUUCAUCAACUUCUCUAAAUAACAAUGGCGGGAAGCCUUAUGUUGUUAAAUUAAUAAAAAAAAGUACUUCUAAUACUUUGAAGUUUGAAAGGUCAAAUGCUAAAAGAGUUUUAAAAAUAGUUUCACCUCCCAAGUAUAUGCCUUUGAAUAAACCAGGUGUCGAUAUUAAAAAAAUGACCGGGAACGCGCAAAGCAGAAAGCGUACCGAGGAAUUUAAGGAUAAGGAAGAACGCAGGAAGUCGACGAGUGGAUCGCAGAGUAAUGAUUCCGACGAUGGUAACGGUCGAUGCAUGUCGAAGAAUGCUAUAGCGGCUAGAGAAAAUAGAGAAAAAAAGAAAAAGUACUUGAAAGAUUUAGAAGAGUCGUGCGUCAGUUUUGCUUCCGAAAUCGGUAGCUUAAAGGCCGAGAAUGCCACGUUACGAGAAGAAAUCAAGAAUUUACAUAAAGAAGUCGAAUAUUUAAAAAAUGUUAUAGCAAAUUCGGAACAACUUGGAAUUUUGAUAAAAGGAGUUCAGACUAUUCCGGGAUUAAAGUGGAAUUCUCCCGUUAAGAGAAAAGAAAGUGGAGAUUCGUCUAAUAACUUAACAGUAUGUAAAAAACAAAAGUUAAAUGCAGAUUGUAAUGAUGCUCAAAAUGUCAUUGAGGAAAAAACUGAGCAGAAAAAACAAACUAGUGCAAUAUGUAUACAUGUAAGGAAUAGAAAAGUAUCAUUAGAACUGUGUCAUUAUUGUAACGAAAAGGUUGAAAACAAUGUAUAAUUUGGUUUUCAAAUUAUUGUAAAUAUUAUAUUGUGGUAUAAUUGUAAUAAUUUGAAAAUAUAUACAUAAUGGUAGCAAUAGUUGAAUACACAUAGUAGUUAAGAAUAUU